AACUUAACCUUAUUAAAUUAGUUCCACAAAAUUUGUUUAAGUUUUACAUGUGUGAAAAAAACAUUAUUAAAGUUCAACAAUGUCACAGAAUGAAGAGGAGUAUUUUCCUCGAGGAGGGCAAGUGAAAAAAAACUUGAAAAGACCAAAACAGGAUGAUAAUUUGUUCUCUCAUAAAACCCAUGAUAAAACCAAGAAACCAAGAAAGGAAAAAAAAUCGCCAAAGGAAACGUUGAAUGAUGAUGCGUUUCAUUCCUUGUUGAAAAUUCAGGGGUCUCUAUCUUACAAAACAAUUCGGAGCGGUAUGCUCAUUUUGGGGUGCAUACGAUGUACAACAAAUUUUACAAUAGAAGUGGAAUUACCAGGUCUAACUUUUGGCCAUAUCAAGAUCAUACACAUAUCAGACCCACUCACCAAAUAUUUAAAUGAAAAGCUAGAGAAACAGGAUGAUGAGGCUUCUGAAAUCUUGGGAAAAAUAUUCAAAGUUGGGCAAUUCGUUCUUGUGAAAGUUCUGAAUAUUGAAAUCAGAGAAAACGGAGAUUAUGUGGAAUGUUCCUUAAAUCCCAGUGACAUCUAUAGUGAAAAAACACACAAUACUUUCGAAAAAGGAAUGCUGAUGUGGGCUUCCGUUCGGUCUGUUCUUGAUCAUGGCUUUGAACUUGAUGUCGGUGUUAAGAACUGUAGGGUGUUUUUACCCUCGAAGAAUGUUGACGCAGGAAAGGAUUUAGCUAUUGGGGAGACUUUGUGGUGUACCAUACAUAAAUGUGACAGUUCAAAUACAGCUACAACCUUGAGAGUUAGCUGUAGAGAUGAACACUUGAAAGCAACAAAAAUUGAUGAAAUCAAAACUUUGGAUGACCUUAUUCCAGGAAUGCAAAUUGAAAUUCUCAUCGAAAAGAUUACUGCGAAAGGUAUACAUGCAAAGUUUUUGAACGACUAUUUCGGUUUCGUAGAUGAAAAUCAGUUGAGCACACCUUCAAAAAAAUUGGAUGAUUAUAAGGAAGGCAAACUGAUAACUGCCUAUGUGUUAUACAUAGACCACCCUACCAAAAUAACGUAUUUGACUUUACGGAAUUUAGACACUGUUCCUGCACCUGUAACUAAAAUUGGAGCAAUUAUGUCAGCACAGGUUUUAUCAAAAACUUAUAAGGGCAUAUACCUGAGACUUCCGUCCGAUGAAAAAGGGUUUGUUACCAACAAGAGACUCAUGAACUGCCUUCCAAAGAAUGCCAACUUGGACAUUUCGGAAUCGAUCAGUUUGAAAUUUGGUGCGGGAUCCAAACAUACCUGCAGAAUAUUGGACUACAACCGUUUGUCUAGAUUGUACAUUUGUACUGUUGAGCAGGCGUUGAUCAAAGAACAGAUUUUCAUGCCUUCCGAUGUGAAAAUUGGCCAGGUUGUGAAUGUCACGGUGACAUCCGUGAAAAAUGAAGGCUUGGAAGUGUCUCUUGGCCAUACAAAGGGGUUUGUGCCUAAUUUGUUUCUGUCAAAUGUGGAGUAUAGCGAGGCGAUCAAGAAAAAAUACCAGGAAGGUUUCAAAUCUAAAGCAAGAGUUUUGAACAUUGAUAACGAUACUGUGUUAUUGACGAUGAAACCGGGCCAAGUGGAUUCCGAGAACUGCCUAACGGAUCUGUUGCAAGCCAAAAGAGGGGAUCAGUAUACUGGAGUGGUAAUCCAUCUGAAGUCUGAAGGAGCACUUGUAUUGUUUUACGGAAACGUCAAGGGCUGGUUGAGUAGAAAUUAUUUAGGAGGGCGAAACGGCAAAGAGAAGCUUGACGUGACAAAGUAUUUUUAUCGGGGUCAAAUUGUUAAUCCUUGGGUGCUGCGCGUCAAAAGUGAUAGGGUUAUAUUGGGCCUGAAGCAGCCAGAGGAAUUCAAACAAUGUCUUGAGCUUGAAAUAGGCCAGAGAGUUAGUGGGGUAGUCGGAAGAGUCAUGAAAGAUAGUAUCGAAGUCAGAUCAGUCAAGAAACAGGUCAUUGGAAAUAUUCCUGUUAAUCAUCUCGGUACUAGGGUGUCUUUAUGUCCCUCUCUAAUGAUUUUCCAGUCCACAUUAGCUUACUUCACAGGCCACCUGAAUGACGUUAGAGCUCUGAGAAAUUUUGGAAAUGAAAACCAAUGGAAUUUGUGUGAGUACCUUCCAGGAGAAAGAGUUGAUUGUCAAAUCGAACGAUUGGGUGAGAAAGGUGGAUGCUUGGUUAAGCUACCCAAUGGUGCCCCUGGUUUGGUUAGUCCCGGAUUAUGUCCAGGCAAGGUUGAAGUAGGAACUUCGAUAACGGGAGUGUUUUUAUCUCAAAACUUUCACGAUAAUUAUACUGAAAUUGCUCUGAAACCAGAUAUUUGUCAACGGAUCAACAAAGUGCAGGAUGGGUCCACGCAAUUAACAAGUUUGUCAUCUUGUUUAAUGGAAACUGUGGUAAUCAAACACGAUUAUGUGUUAGGAGUACUAAAACAGGAAAAGGGAAACCGGCAAUUGGUGUACAUUCCAAUUUUUCUGCACGAAAACGACCAAGAAGGAUCUAGGAGUUACUAUGAGAAGAGCAAAGUGAGAAUUAAUAUAAUCGGAAAAGUUGAGGACUACCUAAUUGGCAUGAGUAAAAAAUUAUUAUCAACUUUUGAGAAAUCUAAAUUAAUAAAUUCCAAACAUAAGGAAUUGAGAAAGAAAAAAAAGAAGGCCAAAGUUGAGGUUUCCGAAUCUGAAGAUGAACAAAUUGAUACGCAAGAAGUAGAAACUGAAGAAGAGGAUACAGAAGUCAAAGAGGAGUCUGAGGAGGAAGAAGAAACUAGCGGAAAAGAAGAUAGUGGGGUUGAAGUAUCUGAAAAUGAUCGUGAAAUGAGAGAUAAACAAUUGAAACAAACUGGAGUAAAACGGAAGUUACAGAGCCCGAACAGUAAUGCAACCAUUACUCAUGAUAAAAACUCUUCUAGCCCAGGUUCAGCUCCUGUUAUGUCGGGAAUUUCGUCUUUCUUUGCUCCAGAGUCUAAAAUGGAACAAGAUUCGUCUUCAGAUGACGAAGGGGAGCCUACAGAAGUUAAGAAGAAGAGGAAGUUGACACCGGCAGAGAGGGCGAAUUUGGCGCGAGAAGAAGAGGAACGGAUCUCGAAGAUAGAAAAAGAGCUUGCGGACUCUACAAAGGCACCUGAAAGCGCUGAACAAUUCGAUAGGCUGUUGUUGGCGAAUCCUAAUUCCUCGGAACUUUGGACAAAGUAUAUUGCUCUUCACACGGCAGCAACUGAAUUUGACAAAGCAAGGGCUGUGGCAAGAAGAGCUUUGGAAUCUAUAAAUUUGACUCUCGUUGAUGAAAGGUUCAACAUAUGGUUGGCGUUAUUGAAUCUGGAAAAUAUGCUGGGUACUAAGGAAUCGUUUGACAAGACUUUCAAUGAUGCCUUAACUCACAAUGAUUCCUUGCAAGUUUAUUUGAAAACCAUACAGAUGUUGGCCGAAGCUGGCAAGUUCAGCGAGAUGGAAGAGAAAAUACGAAAAGUCAGGAACAAGCACAAGCAAGAACCUAGUAUGUGGCUGGAGGUGGCUAAAGUGUAUUACAAGAUCAAUCAGUUCAAGGAAGCCAGGAACUUGAAGGAUGCUUCGUUGAAAUCUAUUAUGGACAAAAAAACUCAAAUGGAAAUUAUUGUUCGAUUUGCGAUCAUGGAAUAUAAAUUUGGGGAGGAGGAGCAAGGUGCAGCCAUUUUUGAGACCAUUUUGAGUUCUGAUCCUAAGAAAGUGAACGUUUGGUCUACCUAUGUUGAUCAGCUUGUUAAGAAAAAUAAAAUCGAUCAGGCGAGGAAAGUUUUGGAGAGGUCAGUUUGCCAACGAUUACCUUUGAAGAGCAUGAAGUCAUUAUUCCUCAAGUUUAGAAUGUUCGAAGAACAACAUGGAACUCUGGAAUCUGUUGAAGCUGUGAAGGAGAAGGCUAAGGAAUAUGCUGCCAAAGUGUCUAAUAGAUAAAUCUAAACUUGUUGUAUUGUUAUUCGUUUUUAUUGUUAGUGAAUAAACUAAUUUUUUUAAUUCCAUUUGCA